GAGAAGCACAUCCGGGUAUUUUUGUUCCACCGCUAAAGAAGCGAAUGAUUGAAGACGCUUUACGAGUGCGACCACUAACCACAAAUUUACAGCUGCUGUUAUUUAUUUGUUGACAUGGCGGCGAAUGACGCCGAGUUACACGACUCUUUCUCCGGAAAAUCGCAGCCAGGUGAAAAUCGUAAAGCCUCCAGGAGCUCGAAGCAUUGUUCACGGUCCAGAUCACGCUCAACCGAGCGAAAGCGCAAGUCAGGAGACAAGAGGCACAAACGAAGCCACAGCAGAAGCAAAGAGCGUGCUAAUGCACGAAGAGACACUCUGAACAGAAGACGCUGCUGACAGAUAGCAAAAUUAUAUGCCUACUACCUGGACAGAGACCAAUUCUUCUUAAAACAGGCACGGAAGAAGGACUCUGAGAAAGCUCUGAAAUGUCAGAGCGGAUCAGAGGAGCGGCUGGAGUUUUCAGACAAAGGCCGAGACCGGUUGUCUGAAGACACGGAGGAGAGACACCGGCGAAAAGACAAGAAGACCUCCAGACCGAGGAGCCAUUCGAGAUCACGCUCAAAAGAAAAGCGACACCAUAAUAGAAACUGGGACAAAAGAAGAUCUCGCUCGCGAUCAAGAAGUCGUGACAAGAAGAGACGGGCCAGGUCCCGGUCAAACUCCAGAAGCAAACACAGACAUCGCAGCAGGAGCCGUAGCAAGAGCAGGGAAAAGAAGAAGAGGAUAGAAAAAUCACGGAAGAAGAGCCGCAGUCCAUCAAUCAGCCCAGUGACCUUCAGGGGCAGAAACACGGCUAUGGAUGCUCAAGAAGCAUUAGCCAGGAGGUUGGAAAGAGCAAAGAAGCUUCAGGAACAGAAAGAGAAGGAUAUGUUGGAAAAAUGGCAGCAUCAAGAGAAAGCAGCAGCAUCAACACCGCAGUGUGAUCCAGCCGCGGCAGCACCCAGUCCUGCCCUGAACGUGGCAGCGCUGCUGGCAUCCGGCACACAGGUCACGCCGCAGAUUGCCAUGGCCGCUCAGAUGGCGGCGCUUCAGGCCAAAACGCUGGCAGAGACUGGCAUCGCUGUGCCAAGCUACUACAAUCCCUCAGCAGUAAACCCAAUGAAGUUUGCAGAGCAGGAAAAGAAGAGGAAGAUGUUGUGGCAGGGGAAGAAAGAAGGGGACAACAAGUCACAGACCGCUGAACUUUGGGAAAAGCUGAAUUUUGGGAAUAAAGACCAAAAUGUGAAGUUCCGGAAACUUAUGGGCAUCAAAGGUGAAGAAGAAGCUGCUUCCUCGGCAGCGGUGAACGAGGACGGUCUGAAAACCUUGCAGCAGCAGGAGGAGAUGUUUCGUAAUCUGGACGUCCAGUAUGAGAUGGCCCGCUCACAGACGCACACACAGAGGGGAAUGGGCCUUGGCUUCUCCUCCUCGUUUUCUUCAAGGGGCAUGGAUGCCGUCUGACCGGUGUGUGUUUGUGCUUCUCGUUUCUGUAAAACUGGUGUGUUUACGUGCUUGUAGAGAAUGCUGGUGCAUUAGCUUGCAUGUAUAAUUCAUCAGUUCUGUCGUUUUAUUCAUUUUUGAACAUUCACGUGUAAAUACAGUUUAUUGCUCAAACACGUUGUCGCUUGAUCUCUGAAUAUAUUGUGUUUAGUAAUGUACAACGUUGGUUUAGGUGAUUGGGGUGUGGAAUUUGUAUAUAAACAUGUCAAUUCCUGAUAUUUCAACGAAAGCUUUUGGGUAUUCUGAGAGAUGCUAUUUUGCUUUUAAGAAAAUUGUUACUAAGUAAAUAUAUUAAGGGCACAGAUAACCAUAAACGAUAUAAUUUAUCAUACGAAAUGCAUACCAUCAUGUUUUAUUACAUGUUACUUUAGUUGUAAAUAUAUUUUUGUAUCCAUUCUGAUGAAAUGAGGAAUGCAGUGUGUUUUUCAGCUCGUCAACUAUGCAGAAAGUUGGAUUGUUAUACACUGGUAGAAUUAAACACUCAAAGA